UUCACUCACCAUUAUGUUCUUCCAUGUUUUUGAUAAAAACCUUUUUUUAUUUCUUUCUUCUCUCUGAAAUUGAACUAAAUCCUCCUCUUGUUCCCUCCUCUCUAUUCCAUUCUAUUGUGGACCAAGAGCAAGAGGCUCCUAUGCCUGCAUAUGCUCUUACAAGAACACACUCGAGAUACUCGUAGUGGUAACCUGUAUCAGAAUGUUUGCAUAAUUUCUUGUUCCAACAUAAACAAUUCUCUAUUGCAUAUACAUAAUUUUAUAGUUUGGACUUUAUCGAUAAUACAUUUAAUGUGUAUUUCCUUUAUGCGAAAUUGAUUAACGUGGGUUGGUUUCCUUUUUCUUUGUGGCUCUUUUUCUGGUGUUCGUAGUUUCGCGGUGGUUUUUGAUUGAUUAAAAUGGAACCGAGUUCAAGUGGGGAGGAACCCAUGUCGUGGGAUGAGCUAUACAAUAUCAAUUUGAUGCCAUCAGAGUUGUUCCUUAAGUUCCGUAAAGAAAUCGAAGGGUUCCGAUUUGGCGUCAAUUUAGAGUUCUAUAAUGCUCCAAUCAAUGAUUAUCAAGCAAAGCUUGUACUAAAGCCUCUGUCCCAUGAACGGAGGUGGAAGUUUAUGUAUGAGCCUAUCCAUCAAGAUGUGCGCCUUCUUUCAAAGAAGAUUCCAGUAACCAAAUUUCUAAACCUCCAGGUUGGUAUAGGUCAUAACUUUCGGAUGAGUGCAACUGGAUGGAAAUGGAAGCUUACUACAUGUUUGGGAGGAGAUGGAUUUUCUCGUAUUAGGAAUAAGACAUCAAUUGGUUUGUGUCCUGGUGUGGAUUUUCGGUUUGGAUGGAGAGCUGAUUAUGUUCUUCCUGAAAUCACUGGUGCUUUGGGUACUGGUGAAUCAUUGUUCAACAUGAACUCAGGACGGUUGCAGGCGUCGCUAGAUAGAGUUGAGGUCGUUCUGACUCAUAUAUCAUGAGAAGCAGGUGUGAACAAGUGGGAGGGAAAAAGCAGGUAAGUGUAAGUCCAGAUUUGAGUCUGCAGGCUUGCUGAUGUGUCCAGAACAUUUUCCUAUACUUGUUUGUGUCAGCCUUUCUGUUUUGCACAAUGAAUUUAUGCAGUUUAGUAUUUGAAUUUUGGGUUUCUUAUGAAAUUUCUUGUAUUUUUGUGGUACACUUCUGAAGCCAAAUCCUAGUUUUAGGUUCUCCACCUUUAGUUGAGGAUAGAUGGUAAUAGGCACACGAUAUUUGUCUUUUUCACGACACUUACCCUAGAAGUUCCUGCAGUUUAAAUUUGAAGUUUAACUAAUGUUUAUUCUUUACCUUUAUUGUGUUUUCUUUAAUUGGUAGGACACGGUAUGGGAAGGGAGAUCCAAAGUUAAUGGGAA